AUGAGCAAGGAGGGGCAGGGCCCAGGGCAGCCUCCCAGUACACCAUGCCCAGGGGAAAAGGCUCUCCAGGACUUCCAGGUCCUGGCACAAAAGAUCGGGGGGCGACCUGAGGUCCUCCUCAUUGGGGAGACCGUGGGGGGCAAGGAUAUCCAUGCUCUCAUGGGCACUUUUGUAAAGGACCUGUUUGCGACCACCUGCCACUCCGUUGCCCCUGGGGAGGUCCUCAAGAACCACUGCAAUGCCUUGUGCCCCCCUGGAAUCAAGCCAUGCCAGCUCAUCUUCUUCCUGUGCCGGGCCUCCAGCAUGAAAGGCAAGCAGGCCGAACUGCGGAAGGUCUUGAAGGACGUGAAACAGUUCGUCCAAAAAGCUCCGUGCGCCUUGGUGGGAAUCGUCAUGGAACCGCAGAAAGGAGAAGAAGUGCAGGCCCGUUGCCAGCUGGAGAAGCUGAUCCGGGGCGUCUUCCCAAAGGUGCCGCACAAACGGGGCCGGCAACCAGUCAGCAAGGGGGACCAAGGCAAGGCGCUGGAGCUGGAAGACGUUGAGGUGGAGGUCGAGAUCUACAUCCCUGGCCACCCACACGGAAAGUUGGCCAUCAUGAAGGCGGCCUGCCGUGCGUCAGAAGCCCUCUCCAAAUGUGGAGGUGCGACAAGCGCUGGGAGGGCUAUCGAGCAGGGCGAGGGAUUGGACACUGGCAGGGGUAAAUCUUGGAGGUCGAUAGCUCUCAAAUGCUUACUGGGAACGGUGUUUAUGGCCAGCCUUGCCUCUGCAGGGUGGUAUUUCUACGACCAAGGCAUGAUCCCAUCGAACAUCAUUCCAUCAACCCUGUACCCUUUUGCUUGA